UGGUGAACAGUUGUUGUUUCCCAUAACCAAAAUAAGCUGAUCAGAAAGAAACUAAUACUUGUACAGUUAGCUAUCUCGUAUUGACCAAGGUGGUGGAUACUACGUUCAGUCGAUUGUCCUUUGCGGGGUGAAAGGAUUAUCCUCCGAUUUCCGUGGCUGAUUCUCAAUUUUGGCCUUGAAAGUUGAAUUUUGAAUUUCGGACACGUCCAAGGUCCUAUCUUCACCUCUGCCAGUGUCAAGCGAUUGAGCCUAAAGAAGUAUUUAUGAGCAGUCUAACAGCGUGGCGAAGAAUUAGGUAAUAGUUCUGAUAGUAUAGACAAAGAGUGGUCUGUGGGUCGCUGUCAUCUAGUACGUACAGUACAGUUCAGUACUAUCGAAAAAAAGAAGUAAAAAAGAGAGAGAAAUUGGAUGAAAGCUAUUGUCUAUGACACACCUGUGAGCUGGAACAUUGUCUAUGUGACAGACCUGUGAGCUGGAACAUCCCUGAAAUAAGCAACUAGCAGGCAUGGACUUGCCAGUGGCUGAUAAUGUUGAGGAGCGGCUGUACAAAGUCCUCGUCAUCGGUGAGUUUGGAGUCGGCAAGACCAGCAUCAUUCGCCGGUACACGGAGAACUUCUUCUCGCCGAACUACAAGCUGACGAUCGGCGUGGACUUCGCACUGAAGCCCCUGGAGUGGCAGAACCCGCCGUGCAAGAUCAACCUGCAGCUGUGGGACAUUGCGGGACACGAGCGCUUCGGUCAGAUGACGCGGGUCUACUACAAAUACGCCAUCGCGGCCGUGCUCGUGUACGACACCACUCGUUCGGCGACGUUCGAUGCCGUGCUGAAGUGGUACAGCGACGUCAACUCCAAGGUGAUGCUGUCAGAUGAGAAGCCAGUGCCAUGCCUGCUCCUGGCCAACAAGUGCGAUCUGGACGAGGCGCAGGUCGACAAGGAGACGUUAGAUGCGUUCUGUCACAAGCACGGCUUCAUCGGCUGGUUCGCCACGUCGGCGAAGGACGACACGAACAUUUCCGACGCGUUCGAGUUCCUAGUUAGUAAGAUUCUGGAGAUGACAGCAAUGCCGUCACAACCUGACAGAUCGGCCGUGCACUUAGACGACGGUCAAGACUCGGAGCGAUCGCUCGUACGAGAAUGGAAGGACCGUUGCUGUGAAUAGUAUUAGCCAUCAAGGUAGCCAUCAUCCCUCCAUUCGCUGCAACCCUGGCCACCCUGAUCUUGAGUACCAUGCGACAUUUAGCGUAAGUUCUAGGCUUUUCCAGACGAAAAACUUUACAGAGACGUUCUCAGAACGAUAUGAACAUCUGCAGUUGAAUGUCUGCAGCUGCGUCUAUUAUUAUUUUAUUUUUGUUCUAUUAAAUGUGAUAUUCCCUUGACGGCAGGCCGUUAUGAUUUUACUCGUGCAUUUCACUCCUAUCUCUAACUCUGGGGGUUUUUCUACAUGCAAAUGCAUUAUUCCCUAGUUCUUUUCUCACUGUUCACGAAGUUCGGAUCUGCGAACUUUGCUUCACUGACUAUGUGAACACUCUUAUGUAGGCAAUUUAUUUUAUUAUGAAGA